ACUCACACAGACCUUCCUGAGCUGCUAGAAACACUUGAAUGACUGGAAUUCAAGAUAUUUGUUUGGUGCUCCAACCCUGAGGUAGAGGAAAUAAGCAGAAGAAAUUUCCCUAGUUCAGCUAAAGGAUCUGUCAUACUGAACCUCUGCUUUGAAACAGUUGGAAGCCUCUUCUGUGUUGAAUUCAGUUGUCUUGAACAGAAAGGCAAAAUGUCUGUCAUAGAUCCUUAUCAACACAUUGUGGUGGAACACCAAUAUUCACACAUAUUCACUGUGACAGUAAGGAAAGCCACAAAUGUCACAAAAGGAGCGAUUGGUGACAUGCUUGACACUCCAGAUCCCUAUGUGGAGCUGUUCAUCCCAUCUGCCCCUGACUGCAGGAAGAGAACGAAACAUUUCAAUAACGAUGUGAAUCCUGUGUGGAACGAGACCUUUGAGUUCAUUUUGGACCCCAAUCAAGAGAAUGUACUUGAGGUUACUUUGAUGGAUGCCAACUAUGUUAUGGAUGAGACUCUUGGUACGUCCACAUUUCCUAUAUCUUCUCUGAAACUGGGAGAGAAGAAGGAGGUCCAGUUAACUUUCAAUGAUGUCACCGAAAUGACUUUGGAAUUAUCUCUUGAAGUAUGCUCUUCAACUGAUCUCCGGUUCAGCAUGGCUCUUUGUGAUGAGGAAAAGAAAUUUCGGCAACAGCGAAAAGAUAAUAUCAUGCACAGUAUGAAAUCAUUUCUAGGAGAGGAAAACAACAAGAUCUUGACCACUUCCCGUGAUGUACCAGUGAUAGCAAUAUUGGGUUCAGGAGGUGGAUUUCGUGCCAUGGUAGGCUUUGCUGGAGUCAUGAAAGCACUUUAUGAAUCAGGAAUUUUAGACUGUGCGACUUACAUUGCUGGUCUCUCAGGAUCCACGUGGUACAUGUCAACUUUAUAUUCACACCCGGAUUUUCCAGAAAAGGGACCGAAGGAGAUUAAUCAAGAAUUGAUGAACUCUGUGAGUCACAACCCACUUCUGCUGCUCACUCCUCAGAAAGUCAAACGCUACAUUGAAGCACUGUGGAAUAAGAAAAGCUCAGGGCAGCCUGUCACCUUCACGGAUAUCUUUGGAAUGCUAAUAGGUGAAACACUUAUCCAUAAUAGAAUGGACAGCACUUUGAGCAACAUGAAAGAAAAAAUCAAUAAUGCACAAUGUGCUCUCCCACUCUUUACAUGUCUCCAUGUCAAGCCAGAUGUCUCAGAGCUGAUGUUUGCAGACUGGGUGGAAUUCAGUCCAUAUGAGAUUGGUAUGGCAAAGUACGGCACUUUUAUGUCUCCUGAUUUGUUUGGAAGCAAAUUUUUUAUGGGGACAGUGGUGAAGAAGUAUAGUGAAAAUCCCUUGCAUUUCUUGAUGGGUGUCUGGGGCAGUGCAUUUUCUAUAUUAUUUAACAGAGUGCUCGGUGUCUCAAAUUCUCAGAAUAAAGGACCCACCAUGGAAGAAGAAUUAGAAAACAUUAGGCUAAAGCAUCUUGUAAGCAAUGACAGUUCAGACAGUGAAGAUGAAUCACAUCAUCCUAAAGGCACCGAAAAUGUUGAGGCAAAUCAAGAAUAUCAGAACAGCAGCCAAGAAAGCUGGGUGCAACGAAUGCUGAUGGCUUUGGUGGGUGAUAGUGCCCUUUUCAAUACCAGGGAAGGGCGCGCUGGGAAGGUGCACAACUUCAUGCUGGGGUUGAACCUCAACAGCUGCUACCCACUCUCUCCUCUGGCAGACCUUCUUACUCAGGAGUCGGUGGAGGAAGAUGAACUAGAUGCAGCUGUUGCAGAUCCUGAUGAGUUUGAGAGGAUAUAUGAGCCACUAGAUGUGAAGAGCAAAAAGAUUCAUAUAGUGGACAGUGGGCUUACAUUUAACCUGCCAUACCCACUUAUCUUAAGACCUCAGAGAGGCGUUGAUCUCAUCAUCUCUUUUGAUUUUUCAGCAAGGCCAAGUGAUUCCAGUCCUCCUUUCAAAGAAAUUUUGCUUGCUGAAAAAUGGGCCAAAAUGAACAAGCUUCCUUUUCCAAAAAUAGACCCAAAUGUAUUUGAUAGAGAGGGCAUGAAGGAGUGCUAUGUUUUCAAACCAAAGGAUACCUCUUCAGAGAAAGACUGUCCAACUAUAAUCCAUUUUGUUUUGGCCAACAUCAGCUUCCGGAAGUACAAAGCUCCAGGAGUUCCAAGAGAAACACAGGAAGAGAAGGAUUUUGCAGACUUUGACAUUUUUGAUGAUCCGAACACACCAUUCUCUACGUUCAACUUCCAGUAUUCCAAUGAGGCUUUCAAGAGGCUUCAUGAUCUAAUGGAGUUCAACACCCUCAAUAACAUAGAUGUGAUCAAGGAAGCUAUGAUGGAAAGCAUUGAAUACAGGAAAGAGAAUCCAUCUCGCUGCUCUGUGUCCCUUAGCAGUGUUGAAGCAAGGAGAUUCUUUAAUAAGAACAAUCUUAACAACAACCAUACAUAGAGCAUGCAUUGUAGGUCCCACUCCUUCAAGAAACUCGUUCUACCUUUACAACUGGAGUCAAAAAGACAUUAUCAGAGCAUCACUGCUCCCAAACAGGGCUGUGCAAAACUCCUGAAAAUAUUUUCAAGUUUCAAUAUAAUUUUGUACUUUUUUUUUUUUUAAACUAAAAGCAUUGAAAACAUUUCAGUAUGCUGAUAUCCUUGUUUUAAAAACUAUGGAAUGAGUUUAUUUUGGCUAUGGUCAUUGAGUUUAGUGUCUUUUUUUUAGUGUUUUUUUCCCUGGUAUAUUUAGUCACUUGGCUGCUUAGUAGCUCUGUUAAGGUUGAUUUCUUAAGCUGAAAGGGGUUUUGCUCAGUAAUAAACAUUGACCAUAUUGGCCUUACUAAAACUCCCAUCAUCAAACUAUGUUUCAAAUUUCAUUUUUCUUGCUCUUAAAAAAAAAAAAUCAACGAAGUUUUGAUAACAAAGUGGUAUCAAAGAAAUGGGGUUUAUACAUCUCUAAUAUUAAAAGUAGGAUCCUCAGCUAGUUAUUAAUGCUAGUAGAGCCUUUGUAACUGAUGCUAAGAAGAAUCUGCUCUUGAAUCCUUUAAUUUCAAAUAUUUUCAGAAAUAUUGAAGUCCACUUUGCUACUGUUUAACAGUGUAUAAAAUCCACUCAGCAAAACAUCCAGCCUCUUACAUUUUCUUUUCCUCUUUUGUUCCACAAAAUUAUAUUGAUUGAAUUCUUGAGCUAGUAGCACCUGUAUGUUAAAUUAUUAUUAGUUCAUGUGUUUCUGACCAAAAUGUUUAUAGAUAAAUUAAAAGUGAUUUUGCAUUUGAUCAUGAUUAAAAGCAUCGUAUUUCUGCAAGGGGACAGUGGCAGUGUUUACUGGGAAUAGAUGAAACGUUCCUAGGUAAGAAUGUGGAGUAGUUCAUUGUAUUAAGGGCUAUUUUAAAAAAAAUAUAUUUUUAGUACAUUGAAUAAUGAAAGACCAUGCAUAGACAUAGAUUAUUUUAGUACCAUCUCAACAAGCAUUGAGAUAACUCUGCAAAUGCAUAGAAGAAUGCAGUUGCACCUCUGAAAACUUCCAGCCUCCUUUGAAAUAAUGUAAUUGGCAAGUGUGUGAUGUGGGAAGGAGAAAAAUGGACUGAUGAGGUCACUGGUGGCCUCGCACUGUGUGCAGGAUUAGGAGUCACAUAUUUGAGGGACACUAGGCUGGCUUGUGUCAUUUUUUUAAAGCUUGUGGGAUUAACUCUGAGCAAAUCCACCUGGCAGUCCCAGCAGUUGUUCCUUAGCUGUACUCUUCUGGAUUUUGAAGAAGAUAGUUGGGGAUGAAUAGUUCAAUUGGAGAUGGGAUUGCUGUCUCUGGAAGUUAAUGCAAAAGAAAGUACAAAGGUGUUUGCAGAGGUGAGAGGGGAAAAACACAUCCCCAGCUGCCCUGCAGGUUGCUUGUCCAACGCUCCACAGCAGCUGGAGGAGAAAAGCACUCCUUUCACUGGGAUUAUCAUCAAGGGGAAAACAAAGCACAUUUUAAGUAAGGUCAUUUGCAGUAUCGUGGUCAGAAGGCAUGUGUUUCAAGAGCUGUAAGUGGAAUUUUGGUCUCAAGAUUUCUGUUGACAUUAAUAGGGUUCAGAUUUCACCCUCUAUCUUUCCGGUAGGGCUGUCGGUAUCCUAGCAAGCGCAAAGAUCACGGUCGCAUUUUGGGCAGAGACUAUUUGAAGCCUAGCUGAUCUUUUGUUGGAUAGUUUUCUGACAAUUUUUACAGUAACAGCUUAUUUAUCAGAGUUUAUUGCUAAUUCUGUGUCUGUUCCUUUUAUUGUGAAUUGUUGACCUAUUUUUAAUUGCUAAAAUCUGUAGGCCAUGGGAAAAAAAUUCAUCAUCCCCCCUUAAAUCUACAUGCAAGGAAGAUUAUGUGAUUAAUAACAUUCAGGGAAAUAACCAUUAAGUUAUGUAUGGAUCAAUAGGUUUUAUUUCUGUUUGAGUUAGUGCAGGUUUAAAAUCAAGAGACAAAAGUAACUUAUCUUAGUGCUACAUAAUUUAAACAUUUGCAAUAAAUUUUGGAAUACAGGAAGAAACAGGUACCAUUAUUUUAUUGUAAUAUUUUCUUUUAAUUUUUUUUUCUAUUUUUAACAUAAUAUUUUAAAAGUUUAUUUUAUAAUAUGUACCUAAUCUGUUUUAUAGAAGUGUUUUAUCAUGCUUUAUACAGUUUAUAUUAUUACAGUGUUAUCAGACAAU